UAGUGAUAAGCGGAAUGUUAUCUCGUAUCUGCUACCAAACACCAGCGUGUUGUGUUGAUAUUUUGCCCGGCAGCUCGUGCGAAUCCAUUGCUCGGUGUCCUUUGGACUUGUGCGCUCUAAUCGGCGAUCAGAUUGGUUUCCAAUACUUUCUGUGGAAUAUUAAAUAUUAAACAUUAAACAUUACGAGUUAAACGUGUGCUAAUCAGUAAUUUGUUCAGUCGACAAUAAUGAGGUGAUACUGGUGGAGGUGCAGUGUGAUAAUGGGCGCUGAGAACACUGCUUCCUUGAGGAAGGCGUCCAACUAUGAGAUGGUUCUGACGAGUUUGUGUUCGGGCGCCAUUGCUGGCGCGCUGGCGAAGUCGUCGAUUGCGCCGCUGGAUCGCACCAAGAUUAAUUUUCAAAUCAGUUCAGAAGUUUACACAACAAAGAAAGCAUGGAGGUUCCUAGUGCAGACCUUUCAAAAAGAAGGCUUCAUUGCCCUCUGGAGAGGCAACAGUGCCACAAUGGCGAGAAUUGUCCCAUAUGCAGCUAUACAAUUCACCGCACACGAACAAUGGAAGAGAGUACUCAAAAUAGACUACACAAUGAAUUCACCUGCCAAACAACUUCUAGCUGGUUCCCUAGCCGGAAUCACCUCACAAUCGUUGACUUAUCCCCUAGAUUUAGCUCGUGCUCGCAUGGCGGUCACACCCAAAGAUGAAUACGCCAGUCUGCAGCAGGUAUUCGUGAAGAUCUACCGUAAUGAAGGCUUGAUUACUUUCUAUCGCGGAUAUGUUCCUACCAUCAUCGGCGUUAUUCCGUACGCUGGUGUUUCGUUUUAUACUUAUGAUACUCUUAAACGAUUGUAUAAAGAAAACAUUCACGAUACAAAUAAGCCAGGAGCGUUUGCAUCGUUGAUGUUUGGUGCAGCUGCAGGAAUCUGCGGCCAAACAAGCAGUUAUCCACUGGAUAUUGUAAGAAGGCGCAUGCAAACUGACGUUUGCUUUAGAUACAAGACUAUUUUAGGUACUCUUGAUUAUAUUCACAGAAAUGAAGGAUUAAGAGGUUUUUACAAAGGUCUAUCGAUGAAUUGGAUAAAAGGUCCCAUCGCAGUAGGCAUAAGUUUCGCGACCUAUGAUUCAAUCAAAGAAUUCCUGCGUGUUUACAUAAUUGGACACAGCUCCUGAGGUGCCACAAGUGCUUGAAUUAGUAUGUAGCGAGAGAUAUUUUAUGAUAUUAAUGCUGGAACAGCCAGAAACGUGUAUAAAAUACUAUUUUCUAUGAUGAUUAGGCAUAUUUUAAAGAGUCAAUACAGAUUAUAUUGUUGGAUUGUUGUUAUAAGUAAAUUUUAUACAUAUUUAUUACAUGUUUAAACAGUA